GAAAAGUAAAAGUUUAUUAUAUUUAAUUAUUUACUUUCUAUUUUAAUUUUUAGUGAAAGGAAUCGAUACAGAUUUUAAUAAGUACAUAUAAUACGUAUUAUUAUUCAAAUUUCAUAAAAUGAUUUCUUCGAGUAUUUCAGUUCUUAUCACGUGCUGAUAUUUUUUUGAUCAGACAUCAUAAAGUGAAGUGAAACAAUAGAUUUGUUAUCGCUAUUUAAAUUGAUAAAACAUUAUAUUUAUAAGAUUACACAGACUUCUUCUUUGUUUCGUAUCGAUAAAAUAUCGUUAUUUAAAUUGGAAAAAGUAUUUUGUUAAUAUAAUUAAAAGAAAUCACACAAAAUGACUAUUCGUCAUCACGUUAUAGGAUACGAAAAUUUUUUACAAUUUUUUAAAAAUUUUCAGACCGAAGAAUCGGUCUUUGUAUUAUAUACAGGUACAAAGCUUGAAAAUGGUCAAAGUUGGUGUCCCGAUUGUGUUGAAGCGGAGCCAUUUAUAGAAGCUGGAUUACAAGUACUCUCUAAGACAUCCCAUUUUGUUGUGGUUGAAGUAGGAGAUAGAGCAUUCUGGAAAGAUCCUAAUUGUAUAUUCCGUAAAGAUAGUAAAACUCAAUUGAAAGUAUUACCAACAUUGGCUCAAUGGGGAACUCAAAAACGUUUACAAGGUAGUGAAUGUCAAAAAGAAGAACUUCUUAAUAUGUUAUUUAAAGAGGAAGAUGAUUAAAAUUGGCCAUUUUAUAUGGUGCUAUUAUUCUAUAAUUCAAAAGAGCAUUGAAUAUUAGAAUUAAUUUUCUUAUGUGAGAAUGAUUUUUCCAUUACUUUCUUGUUUAUUAUUUCUAUUUUAUAAAAGAGAAUCAUUAAAAUAAUUGUAUAUAAUUUAAUUCUUUACUUUAUAAUUAUUUUUCUAGUUAAAAUAAUUUUCAAGUUUAUUGGAAAAAUUCUUUAAAAGGAUUUUUUCAAGAAAAUUGUUUCCCAGUGAUGUAUUUUACUAAGUGAAAUGCCAUGUCAGAGAUAUUUCAAUAUUUCUAAGGAAAGAUAAUGUUGUCACAUCAACAAUGAUUUUAUAAAAAUUAUUAAUGCAUAAUUUUAAUAAAUAAGUUUUAAUAAGUAAA